AUGGAUGGAGCAUCGCUGAUAGCUGGCUUUGUGGAAGUCAAACCCUCAUUUAGCUGGGCAAGGGAAGGUUGUUUGGAAGUUGGCAACAUUUACUUUGCUGUUGAGUAUUACCAUGCCCGUCCUAGCAGCAGGAAAAGGGGCGAGCUAAGCCCGGCUCUGGCUGUUAAGGUUUUCUCAACACCGGGCAAAACUGACGACCUCUCGGCCGGUUCAAACUCCGGACUUGUCCGCGCAAUAUACCUUUCGGCCAAAACCUUUGAUACUUUGCCAGAAACCAAAGGGCAAAUCCUUCAUCAAUCAAUCAUUUUCAUAUGUGCCACGGGUUGA